UGGAUAUUUCAAAGGGAAAAUCGCGGAAAUGAAGGUUUAAGAUGUCGCACUGAACGAGGCACAGAUACAAACAUCGAUAAGACAAGUUCCACCAUCGGUAACAUUCCCAGUUGCUCUGUUAGCAAUACAAGGAGGCAUGUUGUCAUGUUCAGCCAGAGGAACUCUUCCCAUAUACACAACACUGAUACGUAACUCCACAGUACUGGUGAAUGCAACAAACACUGGAACCAUCCGUCUGGACAAGGGUGGAAACUACACCUGCCAGGCCAUCAACCAGUAUGGAACUGACGCGAAAGAACUCGAAGUCAAUUUUACAAAAUAUGGCCCAGAGAUCGGCUUUCUCACCAGUGAAGGAUAUCCUUACAGCUACCCAAGGAAUACGGACAAUAUAUCCGCAUAUCCUAUUCCAGAAGGCUGGUCGAUGAACAUUUACUUUCAGGAUUUUGAUGUGGAAGAAAGCAAUCAUUGCCUCAAAGACUUUUUGAGAAUUAACGACGGGACGGGUAAAAUACUUGGUGUGUACUGUGGUAACAAGACCGUCGACCAAAGACUUCUUGUGACUGGAGACAAAGUGGAAAUAAUAUUUCACUCAGACGGAGAGAUUGAGCAAAGAGGAUAUCUGCUAAAUUUCACUCUAGUUUCAUUGCCCUCGGUUUCAAACGGUGAGUGGGACCAUAAAGAAGCUGAUGAGUAGUAUAGGGCGCUUGUUUGGUCGGUAACCAAUCACAGAGCGCCAUACAGCACAGAUGAUCGCUCUCGACCGAUCAGAACGCGAUGCAUCUCAUUAGAUGACGUAGUUGACUUUCGUGCAUCUAAUUGUCCUAUAAAAAUGGCGGCGUCCAAUUAGAAACUAGUAUUUGGAAAACAGCCCACCAGCCUCGACAGAGGACCUGGGAUCGGUCUCACAGAUUUCCAUGGCGACCAGAAAAGUUAAAUAAAUAAUAAGACACUUACAGUGUCGCGAGGGCCUCGAUGACAGUAGUCCGUCUUGCAUGCGGCCAUGAUGAAGACUCAGUGACUUGGGUCCGAGGUCUGACUAUAGGGAGGCUGUCCCAAAGCAUCAUGGGGCAAAGACAUUAUCGGGAACCAGUCAGAGAAGACCGCGACGUCAGCAUACAUAAUGAGAUACUUACAGUUGUGUUGGCUUCCCCAGUCCCCCUUUCUUAAGGAGUGCACUCAACCCUAAGAUCUCACCAUUGUGGGUACUUCCCGAGGGUUGGUUACCCCGGCUCGAGUACACCAAGUUCAUCUCCCACUUAAAUAAUUUCUAACAUUUCAGUUAAAGGUGACAUUUAUUUAUGAUAAUACAUUGUUCGUGGCUAGUCUUAUGCAGCUCGUUUCGUCCCCGCCAAGGGA